CGAUACGGUACGAUUUUUCAAUACUUAAAAAAACUCAAAUGAAGUGAAUGGCAUUUUGUAAAUCAAAACCAAAACAGUGUAUGGUUGAAAACUACAUAAACUUUGAUUUCAAACAAAUUAAUUAUGAUUGAAUAAAAUUAAUGGAAGAGAAGAAAUUGAGUGCGAGAGGACAUCAAACUAAUUUUAACCAGUCUGGUUGGCUUUGUUGGAUGUCAAUGCUUGUUGUGUCAUAAUAUACUCGUUUCAGGACACAUUCAUCGGUGAUAUGUAUUUUUCUUAUUAAACUCACAUUAUUUCACAUAUAAUAUCAACGGUUAUCUUAUUACUAGAACCAGCAUCGAUCGGUACUAUUACAACAUUGCAGAAUCGUGAUUUAAUUAAUUUUUGUAAAUUUGAUCUUGAUUGUAAAUCGUUGAAUAAGAGAUCCUUGAUCCGAUGGUCAUCAAGCUAUGUUCAAACAUAAGUUUGCACUUGCCCUUGUCGGUGUAAAUGUGGAGAAUCUCCCACCAAAUUUAGCAUAUGUUCAUGAUUGUCUGUAAAGCGACGGCCACCAAAUACACAUUCCGGGGAAAAGGCUCUUCUUGGUUGCAUUGCAUCAAAUACAGUUUAGCUCAAACCACAAGGAUUGAAUAUUCUUGACAGAUGGUCAAGGGUAAAGUAUUAACCUGCAACCCAAGUCAUCUGGAAAAAGAAGUGAGCCCAAGAACAAUCUGAACAGCAGACAAAGAUUGAACAUAUGCUUUGCACCAGAAGCAAAGAAACCCCAAAAAGCUAAAGAAACAAAGAACUAAAGAGGAAACAGAGCUCAAAGCAUGGAAAAGCUUCACUUCCACAGAUUGCAAACUUGGCCUACAAAACCCCCCAUCUCCCCUCCACGCUAUUCUCAAAAUCCAACUGAAGGUUUCGGCCUCAUCCUUCUUCUUCUUCUUCUUCAUCAUCAUCAUCCUGUCUUCUUCAUCAUCAAUGGCAAGAACGAUCCAGAGACCGAUCGGAAUGCUGGGACUCACCUGUCUCGUGCUGCUGUCGCUUCAGCAAACUAGUGCAUUCCAGUUCACCAUUGGUGGUGCCAAAGGUUGGACGGUUCCUGGUAAUUCCUCCGGCUUGAGUUACAAUUCUUGGGCCGAAAGCAACCGGUUCUCCACCGGAGACUCCAUUUUGUUUGUGUACAACGCUGAACACGACUCGGUGCUGGAGGUGAGCAAGGGUGACUACGACAGCUGCACCACAACUUCCCCAGUCGGGACCUACUCCGACGGCCACACCCUCUACACUUUCAAGCACUCUGGCGCUCACUACUUCAUCAGCGGCAACAAAGACAACUGCCUGAAGAACGAGAAGGUUGUCGUGGUCGUGUUGGCCGACAGGAGCAAGAACGGAACAGCACCUGCUGCUUCCCCGCCAUCUCCGACUCCACCAUCACCUGCACCAGCCAUCGAUCAGUCACCUCCAGCGGGGAUAGUUCAGGUCACCCCUACCCAACCUCCUGAAGGCGAGAUGCCCAACAAUGGAGGGCCGUCUUCCAUGGCUGCAGCAGCAGGGAUCAUCGGUUCAGUCGGAGCUUUCCUAGCCUCGUCCCUCGUGCUGGCAUUCUGAUUAUUGGUUCCAGAGACAGGGUUCUUCACCUUCAUGGUUGUUUAACAUUCAAAAGUUGGGUUUCGUUGAUUUUACUUCUUUUGUUUUACUACUGUUAUUCUCCUUGGGUUGGACAUCCUGUGGCAUUUCACCAUGAGUUUGUUCACCACCCAGAGGCUCAGUGCUUUGAUUCUCGCUGGGUGUUUCGGAGAUAUUCCCAUUGUUUGUAUUCGAAUAUUUGUUCGUCAUGGAGAUGGUAAUAGAGAUUAUGAACUAAGCUGGUUGGUGUGCAUUUCAAGAGCAUGUUUGUAUAGAAAACGAAAUAACUGAAAGAGACGAGG